AUGUGGAGACUCUUUGUACAGAAGUACCCUGAUUUAGCUGAAAAAGUAACUGAACAAAGAGUAUCUGACCAAAAACGUGUUAUAUUGGCCACAAAAAAGAUAACACAUGUAAGAUUAGAACAACUCAAAGCCGAGGUUGCUACUGAAUUUAAGACAGACAGUGAUAUGACAUUUAAUCAGGAAGAUUUAUGCCCCGAAAGUCCAAAAAAUGAUACGGCUACGCACAAACUCUUCUUUGAUUCAUGCAUUUUGCUAGUAGAAACUGCUAAAUUAAUCGAAGUUGAAAAAGGUUCAGAUAACCAGAUGACUAUAUUUCUGCAGCAAGAAUUCGAAAGAGCUAUUAUUGAAUUUACGGGGACUAAUCUAUUAAAACGACCACCCAUACCACGCCAAAACUCAAACGAAAAUUGGCUAUGGCCACACACAUCUUAA